AGGUGACAACAUGGCCAACCAGGUGUCAGAGUCCCCCGCUGAGCGGACAUUUCAGUACCAGCAUAGACUGCCUCCUCUCCCUGUACCGUCUCUAGAGGGGAGCCUCGCCAAGUACCUGGAUGCCGUUGAGAAGCCAGCUGCAUGUGUGAACGAGAAGCACCGUUAGCCUGGACCCUGAACCAUGUGUGUUUGUCGAGUAACUGAAAUGUCUGUGUGUGUGUUCCAGUGCGGCCGUUUGCUACAGAGGAGGAGUACCAGGUGACUGCGGCCAUAUUGAAGAGGUUUGGAGAGGGCAUCGGCAAAGACCUGCACCAAAAACUACUGCAGAGAGGCAGGACUCACAGGAACUGGGUACACACACUCAACAAACACACACACACACAUACACAACACACUGCACAGCUAGAACCUGGGAGAACUGGGCACACACCAUGCUCGACCCUGAGCAACUGUAAAAGGGAAACUUUGAGUGUUUUAAAUACUAGUCAUUACGGUGUUCCCCUGCAGUGUUUCAUCUUUAUUGUGUGUGUGUUGACCCCCAGUUGGAGGAGUGGUGGCUGGAUGCAGCCUAUCUGGAAUUGCGUUACCCCUCCCAGUUGAAUGUGAACUUCGGAGGUCCUGCACCCUACCUAGAGCACUGCUGGCCCCCUACAGAGGGAGUACAGCUACAGAGGAAUAGCAUAAGCAUGUGGCACACUCUACAAUACUGGGACCUGCUCCGCACGUAAGACAGACACACACACACACACACACACACACCUGGUUCACCAACUACUUCUCAGAUAGAGUUCAGUGUGUCAAAUCGGAGGGCCUGUUGUCUGGACCUAUGGCAGUCUCUAUGGGGGUGCCACAGGGUUCAAUUCUUGGGCCGACUCUUUUCUCCGUGUAUAUCAAUGAUGUCGCUCUUGCUGCUGGUGACUCUCAGAUCCACCUCUACGCAGACGACACCAUUUUGUAUACAUCUGGCCCUUCAUUGGACACUGUGUUAACAAACCUCCAAACGAGCUUCAAUGCCAUACAACACUCCUUCAGUAGCCUCCAACUGCUCUUAAACUCUAGUAAAACUAAAUGCAUGCUCUUCAAUCGAACGCUGCUGGCACCCGCCCACCCGACUAGAAUCACCACUCUCGACGGGUCUGAUCUAGAGUAUUUGGACAACUACAAAUACCUAGGUGUCUGGUUAGACUGUAAACUCUCCUUCCAGACUCACAUUAAGAAUCUCCAAUCCAAAAUUAAAUCUAGAAUCGGCUUCCUAUUUCGCAACAAAGCCUCCUUCACUCAUGCUGCCAAACAUGCCCUCGUAAAACUGACUAUCCUACCGAUCCUUGACUUCGGCGAUGUCAUUUACAAAAUAGCCUCCAACACUCUACUCAGCAAAUUGGAUGUAGUCUAUCACAGUGCCAUCCGUUUUGUCUCCAAAGCCCCAUACACUACCCACCACUGUGACCUGUACGCUCUUGUUGGCUGGUCCUCACUACAUGUUCGUCGUCAAACCCACUGGCUCCAGGCCAUCUAUAAAUCACUGCUAGGCAAAUCCCCGCCUUAUCUUAGCUCAUUGGUCACCAUAGCAGCACCCACCCGUAGUCUGCGCUCCAGCAGGUAUAUCUCACUGGUCAUUCCCAAAGCCAACACCUCCUUUGGCCGCCAUUCCUUCCAGUUCUCUGCUGCCAAUGACUGGAACGAAUUGCAAAAAUCUCUGAAGCUGGAGACUCUUAUCUCCCUCACUAACUUUAAGCAUCAGUUGUCAGAGCACCUUAUCGAUCACUGCACCUGUACACAGCCCAUCUGAAAUUAGCCCACCCAACUACCUCAUCCCUAUAUUGUUAUUUAUUUUGCUCUUUUGCACCCCAGUAUCUCUAUUUGCACAUAAUCUCUUGCACAUCUAGUAUUCCAGUGUUAAUACUAAUUGCAAUUAUUUUGCACUAUAGCCUUACCUCCAUAACUUGCUACAUUUGCACACACUGUAUAUAUAUUUUCUGUUGUAUUUUUUGACUUUAUGUUUUUUUACCCCAUAUGUAACUCUGUGUUGUUGUUUUUAUCGCACUGCUAUGCUUUAUCUUGGCCAGGUCGCAGUUGUAAAUGAGAACUUGUUCUCAACUGGCUUACCUGGUUAAAUAAAGGUGAAAUAAAAUAAAAUAAAAUAAAACACACACACCUACGUAUGUUCAGUACACACACUCUCUAACUGUGUUAUCUCCGACAGGGAGAGGCUGGACCCUCAUAAGAACGGUAAUGUGGUGUUGGAUAUGGACCAGUUCAGAAUGCUGUUCUGUACAUGCAAAGUUCCUGGAGUCACCAAGGAUACCAUCAUCAACUACUUUAAGACAGGUAGGUGGACAUUAGACCGGUGGAAAUCUGUCCUUUGGUCUGAUGAGUCCAAAUUUGAGAUUUUUGGUUCCAACCGCUGUGUCUUUGUGAGACACAGAGUAGGUGAAUGGAUGAUCUCCGCAUGUGUGGUUCCCACGUGAAGCAUGGAGGAGUAGGUGUGAUGGUGCUUUAUUUAGAAUUCAAGGCACACAUAACUAACUUACCUAAAACAGGGAACUUUUACUAGGAUUAAAUGUAUUUGGCUAAGGUGUAUGUAAACUUCCAACUUCAACUGUAUGUGUGUGUGUGUGUGGAUUUAUACAUUUUGUGUAUGUAUAGAUGUGUUUUUUCUGUGUGUUGUAGAGAGCGAGGGUCCAUGCCCCUCCCAUGUGGUGGUGAUGUGUAAGGGCCGUUUCUUCUCAUUUGAUGCAGUGUGUGACGGACACAUUCUUACCCCUCCAGAGCUGCUCAGGUAUGCUGGCCGGUGGAUAUUUAGGUAUAUUUAUGUGCAUCUGCAUAUAUUUGCAUGUAUUUAUAUGCCUUUGCGUGUAUGUAUCAGUAUUUGUGUGUGUGUGUUUGUGGCGUGUGUAGGCAGCUGACCUAUGUGAAGCAGUGUUGUGAGGGGGAGCCAGCAGGAGAUGGAGUCGCCGCUCUCACCUCAGAGGAGAGGACACGCUGGGUUAAGGUGUGUGUGAAGUUGGAUGUAUAGAACAGACAUCACCAUGCCAUAAAAUGUCUCUCUCUCUCUCGUCUGUCUCCGUCUCUCUCUCUCUCGUCUGUCUCUGUGUCUCUCUCUCUCUCUCUCUCGUCUAUCUCUCUCGUCUGUCUCUGUCUCUCUCUCUCUCAUCUGUCUCUGUGUCUCUCUCUCUCGUCUGUCUCUGUGUCUCUCUCUCUCUCGUCUGUCUCUCUCUCUCGUCUGUCUCUCUCUCUCUCUCGUCCGUCUCUCUCUCUCUCUCGUCUCCUCGUCGUCUCUCUCUCUCUCUCUCUCUCUCUCUCUCUCUCUCUCUCUCUCUCUCUCUCUCUCUCGUCUGUCUCUGUCUCUCGCUCUCUCGUCUGUCUCUCGUCUCUCUCUCGUCGCUCUCUCAUUUGUCUCUGUCUCUCUCUCUCUCUCAUCCGUCUCUCUCUCUCGUCUGUCUCUCUCUCGUCCGUCUCUCUCUCUCUCGUCUGUCUCUGUCUCUCUCGUCUGUCUCUCUCUCUCUUCUCUCUCAUCUGUCUCUCUCUCUCUCUCUCUCUCUCUCUCUCUCUCGUCCGUCUCUCUCUCUCUCGUCCGUCUCUCUCUCUCUCGUCUGUCUCUCUCUCUCUCUCGUCUGUCUCUCUCUCUCUCUCUCGUCUGUCUCUCUCUCUCUCUCUCGUCUGUCUCUCUCUCUCUCUCUCGUCUGUCUCUCUCUCGUCUGUCUCUCGUCUGUCUCUCUCUCUUUCGUCUGUCUCUGUCUCUCUCGUCUGUCUCUCUCUCUCUCUCUCGUCUGUCUCUGUCUCUCUCUCUCAUCUGUCUCUGUCUGUCUGUAGGCCAGGGAGUAUCUGAUAGGUAUAGAUCCAGCCAAUAAGACCCUCUUAGAGACCAUCCAGAGCAGUCUGUUUGUGGUCUCACUGGACGAUGCUAAACCCUACGCUACUGCAGAGAACUACACACCGGUACGUACACACACACGCACAACCUCUCACACACUGUAGACGUAAAUUUGCAAUAGUAAGUUGACUUUGUAAAGGUAAAUGAGCAGAGUCCAGGAUGCGGUCGAAGUAAAAUGCAAAGGAUAAUAGCACCAGAGGCUAAAAAGCAAACUUUCAGUUAAACAAUGAGAGCAGUGAGACUUUUGCCGCUUUGUGAUAUUGUCCAGUACAGAGAGUGAGAUCUUUUUAAGUUAUGUGUAAGCAAUUAAGCAGGUUACACGUGUUUUGAUUGUAAGUAAAGAUAUGUGAGGAUAUGACAUCUGGGUCGUAGUCUUAUGUCCUGGUUGGCCCCUACAACACACACACACAUACACCACAGGCAACCAUACCAUCCUAAGUGUGGUAUAAUAUGACCUUUGGCCUUUGCCCCCAGGUGUCCCUGGAGGUGCUGAUAGGAGACCCCACCAUCCACUGGGGAGACAAAUCCUACAACUCCAUCGCCGACGGAACCUUCGGAUCCAACUGUGACGUGAGUUACUGUGUGUGUUUGUGUUUGUGUUGAGAGAGAGGUUGGAGAUAACAAUACUCCUCUGUUGGCAGUAGUGUAAUGAUGUUUUGUUGUGAGCGUGCUCCUAUCUAUGGUAAUUGCUGUUUGUGUGUGUGUGUUGCAGCAUGCCCCAUUUGAAGGCAUGGUUCUGGUAACCUUAAUUCCAAGUACCUUACUUUCACUGUAAGCAAACAGUAUAUUUUUUGAUGUCUGUGUAGGGCUCUGAGACAGUGCGGCCUAUGCCUCUUCCUGAAGAGUUGGUCUUCACUGUGGAUGACAGAGUCAGGAGUGACAUUGCACAUGCCAAGCAACAGUACUUUGAGACUGUGAGUCCACAAACACACACACACACACACACACACAUCUUCCAUUCAUUUCUCUGCUUCCCCCUAGUGGUCAGAUUAGGUUGUGUUGAUCGCGCACAAACAGAAGUCUGUGCAGGACUGUCUUCUUGUCCGACUCCCAUCCGCUCCCUCAAGAACUGGUCCCGAACACGCCUACAGUCCCCAAUGUUAUUUUAGGUGUAUGUUAUGCAAUUCUGCCACCCUAGGCAAUUCUGCCACCCUAGGCAAUUCUGCCACCCUAGGCAAGAUCAAAAUGUGCAAAACAUUGCCUAAGAAACAGGUUAGUGAAUAGUCUGACAAAGAGGAGCUUUUAAAAAACAGAAAGACAACCAUUCUAAAUAAUCUGUGGGACCCCCCAAAAAAAAUCAUUCCAAAGUUGUUUGUCUGACCGCCAGCAGCAUGAGAAAUGCAGACUGUGAAUUUUCUGUCUGGGCCGCAGCUGUCUAACACACACCCUCAGAGGUCCUUACACUCCCCACCUCACACACACAACUCUAAUCUGUGUGUGAUAUCUGGUUUGACAGACCUGUGUGUGUGUCUCCAGACCCAGGACUUGCAGGUGGUGUGUUAUGCCUUCACCUCGUUUGGGAAAGCAGCUAUCAAACAGAGGAAGCUCCACCCAGACACCUUCAUACAACUGGCCCUUCAACUGGCUUAUUACAGACAGCAUGGGAGGUAACACCACCCAUCAUCCAUCCAAUUCAUCCAUCCACCACACACCCAACAUCCACCCAUCCAUUCAUCCAUCCUUCCCCCCAAUAGUCUCUCCAUAACUGAUGAUUGAUGAUAAUCCCCCGUCCUAGGUCAGGUAGUUGCUAUGAGACAGCGAUGACCAGAAGGUUCUACCACGGCAGGACUGAGACCAUGAGGCCCUGUACCCUGGAAGCACAGAACUGGUGCCGCAUCAUGCUCAACCCUGUAGCCAGCGUAAGUGUGAGAGUUUGUGUGUGUCCAAUAAACCAGUUAGUUCUUCAUUCAUUGUCAUGCCAUACAUGUAAAUCUGGCGACCAGGCUACUUACACUCUGACUUUCUGUGUGUCUCCCAGGCUGAGGCUAAGAGGAAAGCCCUGCUGCUGGCCUUCAACAAGCACAACAAACUGAUGGCCGAGGCACAGAACGGAAAAGGUUUUGACAGACAUCUCCUGGGCCUGUACCUGAUCGCCAAGGAGGAGGGACUUCCUAUGCCAGACCUUUUCACUGAUCCACUGUAUUCCAAGAGGUUUGUGUGUGUGUGUGUGUUUAUGGUAUGUGUAAUGUGUGUGUGUUCUCUCUCCAGUGGCGGGGGCGGUAACUUUACCCUGUCCACCAGUCUGGCUGGCUACUCCACAGUUCAUGGGGUGGGCGCUCCCAUGGUGCACAAUGGCUAUGGGUUCUUCUACUGCAUCAGAGAUGACAGGUGGGCUAACACACCCACUGUCACGAGAAUUUCUAUCUCUAAUUCAACCUAAGCUUGAAUCAUUACCAGAGGUUGUAAGGCUCUGGUUUUAAUCAUAAAUGAUUCAAGGUCCACAACCAGCAAGAAUGAUCUGUAUUUUUAUUCAUGGAGAGCUCUGGCGUUUUCUCAGUCCCCUUCACCCUGGAAUGUUUAGUCCCGCCCCCCUCUGUUAGUGGGUUGCCACUACAUUAUAACUUUAACACCGUUCACACAUUUAUACUGUAUUUGGGGUGAAAUCCUUUAGUCAUUAUUCUUAAAAUACAAAUUAAUCUAACACCCCCCCCCCCCCCCCCACACACACACACACACACACACACACACACACACACACACACACACACACACACACACACACACACACACACACACACACACACACACACACACAAGACCUGGACAAUGAUUAUUGUGGACUUGUUUGACAUUUUAUUGCAUUGUUAGGAGCUAGUAACAAAAGCAUAUCACUGCACCCGCUAUUACAUCUGCUAAACUUUGAUUCAAUUUGAUUUUGAACAGUUGUUAUUUCUGCUAUUUGGUCUAACAUGUAGUUAGUAGAAUUUGUAGUUUGUCGUUAGUACAUCUGUCCUCUCUAUGAUGGCCUGAUUGUAUUAACCUCUUGAAGCUUCUGGUGUCUGACUUGUACAUCCUGUUUCAGGAUUGUGGCUUCCUGUUCGGCGUGGAAGUCCAGUCCAGAGACGGAUGCAGAGACCCUGUUCCAGAACCUGGUUACCUCCCUACAUGA